AGUAUGGGAGGCACAAUACCACCUGCUCCAGCCAAUGCCUCCACAGAGGAGACAAGAAAGGGUAAAGCAGAGGAACAGCCAGAGGAGCCAGUUAAACCACCUGAACCAGAAAGUGAAGAGAGUGACUUAGAAAUUGACAAUGAUGGAGUGAUUGAACCAGACAAUGAUGACCCACAAGAAAUGGGAGAUGAAAAUGUAGAGGUAACUGAAGAGAUGAUGGACCAAGCUAAUGAGAAGAAGAUUGAAGCGAUAAAUGCUCUUAGUGAAGGUGAACUUCAGAAGGCUGUUGACUUGUUCACAGAUGCUAUCAAGCUGAAUCCUUGUUUGGCCAUCUUGUAUGCUAAGAGGGCAAGUGUUUUUGUGAAACUACAGAAGCCAAAUGCUGCCAUUAGAGAUUGUGACAGAGCCAUCAAGAUUAAUCCUGACUCGGCGCAGACAUACAAAUGGAGGGGGAAAGCACACAGACUGCUGGGUCACUGGGAGGAGGCUGCUCAUGAUCUUGCAUUAGCUUGUAAACUGGAUUAUGAUGAAGAUGCUAGUGCCAUGCUGAAGGAAGUGCAACCAAAAGCUCAGAAAAUUGCAGAACAUCGCCGAAAAUAUGAGCGGAAGCGUGAAGAAAAGGAAAUCAAGGAAAGAAUGGAAAAGGCACGGGAGGAGCAUGAGAGAGCACAGAGGGAGGAAGAAGCAAGACGACAGGCAGGAGGAGCUCAGUUUGGUGGUUUCCCAGGUGGCUUCCCAGGUGGAUUUCCUGGGGCUAUGCCUGGAGGCAUGCCAGGAAUGGCAGGUAUGCCUGGUGUCAAUGAAAUUCUCAGUGAUCCAGAAGUCCUUGCUGCCAUGCAG